UUGAAAAUCAGCUUCAGGUUUGAAUUUUUGUCCUUCAGAGGGAAGGUUCAGAAACCCAAACAACAGAAACAAAAGAGGGACACAUUAGUUAGACUGUGGGUUAGUUAGACUGUUGGUUAGAUAGACUAAGGUUUAGUUAGAGUGUUGGUUAGUUAGGCUGUUGGUUAGAUAGACUAAGGGUUACUUAGACUGCAGGAUAGUUAGGGUUGUUAGAUAGUUAUACUGCAGGAUAGUCAGGGUUGUUGGAUAGAUAGGGUUGUUGGAGAGAUAGCGUUGUUGGAUAGUUAGGGUUGUUGGUUAUUUACACUGUGGGCUAGUUAGACUGUUGGUUAGUUAGACUGUUGGUUGGACUGCAGGAUACUAGGAUUGUAGGUUAGUGCAGGUCUUCAUGGACCCGUCUGUGUGCAGCAGGAAGAGAGCUGUGCUCCAGCUGCACCAGGAGGCCCAGUGUCAGCCUCCAGCCUGGAAGAGGAGGCGCAGAGAGAAGGAGAUGAAGAGGACAGGAGGAGGCUGUAAGGAGAACAGAGAUCCUGGAGACCAGGGAAGGAACUGGAGAACACAGAACCUGAAGAGAGAACACAGAGGCUUCUCUCCGUCUGGAAGCAGAAACAGGACCGCUACUGGGACCGGAUCUGAGGCUGGAUUCAGGUCCGGAGGUGAGGUCCGGUUCUGCAGAACUGACAUUAGAGUGGCCCAGAUCAAGAAGACCAGGACCCAGACCUCAGUCCAGACUGGAUGUGGUCCGGACCAGACUAAUCCUGGAUCGACCGAGACCCAGAUGGACCGGAGGAGACAUACCCGGACCGCAGAGUCCAGGUCUGAGGACCAUACCAGGUCCACAGCUGGCCCAUCCUCUGAAACCAGGACCAGCAGGUCUGAGAGAGCCCCGGGUCCAUCCAGGACCAGGUCCAGGUUUGAGACCAGGACCAGGAGGAGGAGGAAGAUCCAGCCGUCUGUGUUCCGAGGCAGAGGUCGGCUGCGGCUCUCCAUCUCUGCAGAGGCGGGACAACUCGUCAUCCACAUCCACGAGGCCAGAGGGCUGAUGGGAAACUCUCCAAGCUCCUAUGUCAAGCUGGCAGUGACCUCUGACCUCAGCAUCAGGAUGAAGACUCCGACCAUCUGGAACAACAAGAACCCAGAAUACAACCACAAGUUUACACUGUGUGUCAGCGAUGAUGUCAUCCCCAACAGGUUGUUGGUUUCGGUCUUCAGCAGCUGCCGCCAGCUGAUUGGCUGUAUGAGCUUUGGGAUUGGUUCCUCUCAGCUAGUCUCCGGUUGGUUCUACCUGCUGGGGGAGGAGUUUGGGCGGACCAAACACCUGAGAGUGACAUCACAGCGGAACAAGCCAAUGAGGAGCCUAGAGGAUGGUUCAGCGCGCUGCGCAGAACUCCGAAGCACUCCAGAUCCGGCUCCAGAUACCAACGUGAACCGCACCGCAGCCGCCCUGACCCACAGCACCACUGGACCCAGAGACCGGACGAGCCCAGUCCUCGCCCUCUCCAGAACCAACACCAAAACCAGCAGCUCCAGCUCUGGUCCGGCCAGCAGCGUCCACAGCCGCUGCGUCUCCACGCUAUACGCCGACUCCACCCAGCGCCAGGUGACCCGGGACAGCGGCAACACCCGCCGGCUGACUGUGAGCAUUGUUCGAGGAAACGAUGGAUUUGGAUUCACCAUCUGCUCCGACUGUCCAGUCCGAGUCCAGGCUGUCGACCCUGGCGGCCCGGCUCACCAGUCUGGUCUCCGGCAGGGAGACUCGGUCCUGCAGCUCAACGGACUUCCUGUAGAAACCUGGAAGUGUGUCGACCUCGCCCACGCCAUCAGGAGUUGUUUGUCUCAGAUUGUGUUAGUGGUGUGGAGAGGUUUACCUGAGCUCCGGCCGACACACAGCCAGACGACCGGCAGGAAGCUGCUGCCUCCCCCCGCCCACAGUAAACAUGGCCGCCUGCGGGGCCAGUGCUCGGGGGUGCGGUCCAGUUUGGGGGCUCUGGGGGCUCUGUGGAGGGACAGGAAGGAGGAGCAGGAAGAGGAGGAGGAGGAGGAGUACCCACCUCACUCCACCACGCUCACCCGUGUGACAUCAUCACAAGGAGACAAUUACAUCAUCCUGUCCCCUGUCAACUCCGGAGGACAGCUGCUGCAGCCGGUUUACCACGACAGGAACGCAACCAUCGGGCGUCUGUACCAGACUCACCCCAGGAGAGGGCAACACCUCCUCCACGACCCUCCACCCGAAUCGUCACGGCGACCGUUCCCCGGCUGCCCCCCGCCCACCUCUGCAUCCUCAUCAGCCCCUCCCAGUAACUACGGCAACUACCAGAACUGCACCAUCGUCCAAUCACACCUGCCUUGCUCAUCGUAUGAAAGCUACAUCACCCUGGCACCCAAAACCCUCAUCUUCCCUGUCUUCGUGCAGCCUUUGGAUCUGUGCAGCCCAGACAGAACCCUGCUGAUGUCAGAGGAGAUGGUUCUCCACCAGGCCGACCUGCUGCCUGCAAAGGUGACCGUGUUGAUCUACAGUGACCUGCUGCUGUUCACCAGAGAGGACGAAGCUGGACGCUGCAACGUCCUACAGAGUCCACUGUACCUGAACACGCUGCAGCUCCGAGAGGUGUCAUCGGAGCCCUUGCAGAUCUACUUCCUGCAGAGCUCUCAGAUGUGCUGGCGUUGUCUGUUCAGUCUGGAGGCAUUCAGCUUUGAGCAGAAGGUCAGAGUCCGUCUCUGUCUCCAUGACAACAUCCAACUACAGCUGGUUCCCACGGAGACCAGACACCACCAGCCCUCAGACCUCCCCUCAGACUUUGGCCUCCUCUCUCUCGCCCAGUCUGACCUCCUCUAUCGUCCUUCCUCUCCCUACUCCUCUGAUCCUCCUCUCCUCCGUCCUUCCUCCUUGAGUCCGGUGUGGAAGGAGAGAGGUGGAGGAGCGGAGGAGGAGAGGCAGCAGGGGGAGGGGGAGAGCGCCUCGGAAACCUCAGAGAACGUGGGAGGAGGAGGCAGGGGGCGGGUUCUCCUCCACUUCAACAUGAAGGAAGAGGAAGAGGAGGACAGUGAUGGAGAUGAAGAGGAGGAGGAGUUCUCUUCCAGCUACAGACCUGAAGCUCUGCGGCGCUCUCUCUCAGAGGGUUCUCUGCUGCAGGAACCUCGGUCUCCCCGCUUCCUGUCCGACAGCACCAUCCAUCAACUCACCCGCCCUGCAACCUCUGGCCUCGACCUCGGGACAGGCCCCGCCCCCCGGCGCCCCUCUGUCGACACCUUGAGGAAACAGCUGACCAGAGAAGGAGGGUCUCUGCACCACAUGCUGCUGCUGCUCAACGGCACAAAGGAUACGGAGUUCAGAAACCUUCGACUGAGGAAGAAGACCAAGAGUCUAGCCGCUGACGUCCGGAGCCGACUGCUGUUUCUACGGAGACCCAAAAACAGUACUGGUGUCCAUGGUAACAGUUUGGAGAAAGCUCUGAGAAACAACAGACCAUCCACGAGGGAGGUGCUCAGGUGGGCGGAGAGUCUGGAGGCUCUGCUGACCAAUCAGUAUGGUCUGGCGGUGUUCCGGCACUUCCUGAGGUCAGAGUUCAGCGAGGAGAACCUGGACUUCUGGUUAGCUGCGGAGACAUUCAAGAGGACACGCCCCCUCAGCAAGAUGGCCGCCAAAGCCGUGAAAAUCUAUGAUGAGUACAUUUCUACCAACGCAGCAAGACAGGUCAACGUGGACUCUUCUGUCAGAGAAUCGACCAAUCAGGGCCUUCGUCUGGGCGUUAACGCCGCCUCCUUCCAGAUUGCCCAGGAUCAGAUUUUCAGCCUGAUGGAGAGCGACAGCUACCCACGAUUCCUCAGGUCCCGCCUCUACGCCCAGCUAGCCUACCAGGGCUCACAGACAGCCACACAGUCGGCCAAUCAGAGCGCAGCUGUGUCUGUAGCUGUCGGCCAAUCAUAAAGGAGGAGAAGAUACAGGCUGACCAUCCAGUCAUCUAUUUAGACAAUAAAAGAAACUAUUGAGUUGCAUUAUGGGAAAUGUAGGAUACAGUGUUUUUGGCUAAAUGACUGCUCAGAUUUAGAUAUUUCUUUUUAAUCCGUCUCUCACAAAAAUAUUUACUUUAUAGUUUUAAAUCAACACAUUAAAUCAUUUUAAGAUUCUUUGAAUAAUCAAUUCAUAAAACUCCUCUUUAUCCCGCAAAACAUUUUGUGGGGUUUUACUCAAAUAAAAUGUUUGUCAUACAAAACUUUCAGACUUUAAGUUAGCUUCUUGUGCAGUAAACAUAAAUCAGAAUAUUAGUAGUAAGUUUUUGUAGGAUUAAUUAAAUCAAGUAACGUGAUGAAUAAAUAUGUUGGGUGGGAAACGUUUUAUUGUACUUCAUUUUGUAUUUUUUUAAAAUAAAUAACUGAUUUCUUUUCAACAUUUUUAGUGCAACUUUAAGCUGAAGUUAGUGGUGUUUAUGUGUUUUAUUAAAGAAGAAGAAUGUGACUGUUGUUGCUGUAACACAAGAUUAAUAAAAGGUGUAAGUGAA